UUAGAUGCUACUUAUAGUAAUAGUGAUGGUGCGAUCAGUUGAUACCAUAGUGAUGGUGUAAUCAGUUGUUUAAUUAGUUGAGUUCAAGAUAGAGAGAUUAAAAACUAGAAGUUUUAAACAAGACGAAAUACUUAUUUGAGAAAAUGUUUACUUCUUAUGAUAUUAAAAGACUUACUGAAGCUGCCAAUUUGCCAGAGUUUGAAGAUAAAAAUAUUCUCUAUCCACUUCUUUCGAAAGCUGAACGAAAGAAUAUUCUUAAAAAUAACAAAAAUCUGGUGAAUAGACAGAUUGCUGCUUCUGUAGAAAUUCAAAGAAUAUGGAGAGGUUACAGAACAAGAAAACUAAUUUUCUCAUUAGUUGGUUCUGAUUCUAAUGUUUCUUAUGGAUCUCUAUCAACUAAAAGUUUAUCUGAAGAAAUAGCUGUUUCUGAAGUGGUUUUAACAAAUAGAUUAUCAAAUGACAGUCAAAUGAAUGCGCCACAGGUAAAAUUGAAUUAUAAACUUAAUGAUGAGAUUUUUCAUAAUGACAUCAGUUCAGAGGAAUAUAAACUUCUAUCUUUCCAAAGUUUUUGUGCUUAUGUAAUUCAAAAGUGGUGGCGUGAAAAGAUUUCAAAAAAAAAAACAAUUGAAAAGGAAGCCUUACAAACUGCAGAAAAAAAUAGGUUACUUAAUGCCACCAGAGCUGCUCAAAUUAUUCAAAAGACUUGGAGAGCUUAUGUUGAUUUGAGAGUUUUUAGAUAUUUAAAAGAUUUAAUUGAUUUUCGUAAUAAAGGAGAUGGAAGAUUCAUGAUGAAGUUUAUCAAUCCAAGAGAGGCAGCUCUGAUUGAUAACUCUAUUGGCAUGCAUGUUCGAUUUCGAUUUGGCGGAGUCACAUUUCCUCCAUGUAUCUAUUAUAAAAUUUUCACAAAUAAUGUUGCUGAUGUUUGUUCGUUUUCACCAAGAAAUUAUAAAGAUUAUUAUACUUCUCCUAUUCCUGUAAAAUUUAUUCAUAGUAAACAAAUAGAUACUAACUGUUGUCAUGAAUCUAAAGACGGUUGGUAUAGACGGUUUGAAAACAAUGGCUGGAGACCAGUUGUAGAUAAUAUUUUGCUGUCGUUAAAGCAAAAUGAAAUUUUGCAAGAAAAAUCUUGUCAAAAAUUUAUUUUCUCUCAUGAAAAGAUAGUAAGGAAACAAGAAGUUGCUAUAAAACGCAGGAACAAAAAAAUUAAGUGGAUGAAAAAAUUGUACAUGAUGGGUGUUUUGAAACCAAAAUGCGAAACUGAAACCAAUCUAGAUGAUAAUAUAUGUGAACAAAAUAAUAACAACAAGAUGAUAGAUGGAAAAAAAGGUUGUCAAAUUGAAGAUCUUGAUGAUGAUCUUGAAGAUCUCUUGCAAUGGACAACUGCUUUAGAUUAUGAAAGAUAUGUUGAAGAUUGGCAUUUCUAUGGAACUUCUUUUAUUCAAGAUAAAUUUUAUGAUUCAAGCGAUGAUCCUUUAUCUUAAGAAGUGUUCACGAAGUUAUUUGCGAAGCCGGGUUUUUUUUUUACAAUUUUUUUUUAAAGUUUAAAGAUGGAUACUAAGUUCUCUUUUUUAUCUGUUAUUAACACUUUAUAGUUUGUUUUUUUUUCAUUAAUAUAUUUAAAUAAAAUUAUGAACUGUUUACAGACAAUAAUGAACUUAUUAAGUUAUUGAUAUUUUUGGUUUUAAAUAGUCAAUAAAUAAACACUAUCUAAAUAUAUUCCUUUUUUAUAAAAAAAAAAUAUUUCUCUAAAUUGCGAACUUUUGCGAUUUAUAGUCUUGAUGAUAUUUUUACACUUUUUUAUGAUUGCUUAAUGAUUGCUUAAUGAUUGUUUAUUGAUGAUGUUAACUAACCGUUUAUACGAUUUUAAUCGUGACUAAAAUCUGCCCAAAUUAAAAACACCAGUUUAUGUA